AUGGACCAUAGUAUGUCAGAUUCUGACCAGUCUCGUCGCUCUCUUCACUCUCAUCACUCUGGAGACUCCACCAGUGGUGCCACAGAGUCUCAACUGAAAUCUGUAUCUGGCCAUAAAGAGGCCGCUUAUUGGAGGCUGAAAGAGGAGACCACCCUCCUUCAAUACCUUUAUGAUAACAGAUCUGGCACAGAUGGCACCACCUUCCCUAAGAGAAUCUAUUCAGAUGUUUCUGCGCACCUUGCAGAGCACUUCAAAAACCAGAAAGGUGGGGCCAAAACUAACUCAGCCUGCAAUACAAAGUUUUCUAGUCUCAAGAAGGCUUAUCAUGCCACUCAAGCACUCAAAAAGUGGGGGGGCAACCAUAGAUCAGCACACCAGGCUGAAUAUGUCAAAUCGAAUCCAAAUGCCAAACAAUUCAAGAACAAAGGAUUUGAACAUUUUGAGAUCUUUGACUUGCUGAUGGCUGGCAUGAAUGCCACAGGAAUUUAUGUCCGUCAGCGUCAGAGAAAAAAUCACACCAGCUCUGCUGCAUCUGCUACCAGCAUGCCCCCACCUUUGAUGAUACCUUCCACUAGCACUCGCCCUCCUGCAGAGCUCCACUUCCAUGAGCUAUCUAUAGCCACCAAGGAGAUUUCUGUGGACAUGGGCCAUCUUCCUGCAUCAUCUACUUCUACAGAUCCUCUUGCCACAACAUCACACGUUCCUUCGACAAGCCCACCCUCAGCAUUGACAAGCACCAGCCAGGGCAAGUGCAAGGCCAGUGCACUGGAUUCUGACGUCGAUGCUCUAUCAGGCAAGCGCUCUCACCCACCAUCUGCGACUGCCAGAGCCCAGCUGGAGGGUAGUGCAGUGAUAACAUCACUUGUUACCGCAAUGGAGACCAUGAGUAAGCAUCUUAGUGUACCUCCAGUUCUUGCGGCCCCUAUUUCACCUACUUCUGACUUUGCAUGCACCAUUGAGAUCAUCAGUGAUGCCACAUACAUAUCUGAUGACGACAAGUUGGACAUGACACAGUUGUUCGUGAGGGACAAAGAUCAGGCCACAGCAUUUUUAUACUUGAAGGGUGACAAUCUGAGGGCCAAUUGGGUGAAGAGGAGGCUUGGUGAAACUCGUGCCAUGCACAUUGAUACCAUUGAUUAA